UGGCAGAAGUCGAGUCAUGAAAGUGCAUUUAGGCGCUGCUGAAACUUUCGCUCUGAGUCUGCAUUCAUGUGUAAGAAAUCUGGUUGUCUGCUGUCCUGUCAUAGACUUCUGGCAAUAAAUACCUCAUCAUCAACGGAGACUAAUGUAUUGACAUUCACCUUCCAAGAUCUUCGUCAAACCUCUAUUUCCUAAAUUUACUUUGCAAUCAUAUCAGUCAGAAUGACUCCACCAAGGACUUGUAGUAGACCAAGGUUAUAUGAGUUUAUGAUAAUUUGUACAGUGCUUCUUGGAGUGGUUCAAGGAUUCAGUGAAGACAAUGGUGUUAUUAAAUGGGACGCAUUCCCACCAGAACCGGACUAUCAGUCAGGACUUCUUCAGAUGCCACAUACAUUGAGGGAUAUUAAUACAGUCGCUGUGGCUUUUAUCCAAGCUCUUCCACCUAAAGAACUACCAUGGGAUCUUUACAGAGGAAUAAUCAAUGGAACUGUAGACUUUUCAGAUCCAAUGUUGUAUGUGGAUCACACAGUAGCGUUCAUGGCUCUGUUUGCCAUUGCAGUUAUCUUCAUGAUAUUCAUGCCUAUAACUGGGAUCAUCUUCUGCUGCUGUCGUUGCUGUGAUAGGUGUGGGGCUCACAUGCUACAACGAGAGGAAGAUAACGUACCAUGGAAGAGGGCGGGCUUCGCCUGUGGGCUACUCAUCGUCUCCAUCAUUAUGACUAUAGGUAUUGGUAUAUCAUUCAUUGCAAAUCAGAACGUAUCUUCUGGACUACGUAAAGUUGAACCCAACAUACAAACCAACAUGGAUGACCUCAUCAUGUAUGUCAAUCAGACAGUUGAUGAAAUUGAUUUUCUUUUGGACCAAGUUGACAAAGUGAAAAAUCUUGCAGUGAAGAAACUUGAUAAUAUCAGCAUUUCUAUCGGUGAACCAGUGAGGGAUAAGCUUAGGGUCAAAGUUGAACCUGCCAUCAUUGCUGUCAAAGAGCUUCAUAGAGAUGCAUAUGAUGCCCAUGUGCUUCUCAACAAGACGAAUGACCUGAUUCAGGAGCUGCAGUUCUCAGCUAUGAUCCUCACAGACUCCUUGAGGGACGAAAGAUGGUUUCUCAAUGAUACCCUGCAAUCGUCAGCAUGCUUUCAGAGUGAAGGAUGCAGGGCUGCAAGAGGUCUUAUUGAUCUUAAUAGACUCUCGCUUUCAACGCACUAUAAUAAGACAAACAUUGAAGACUUGCUGAUGCAGGCAUCACAGGCAUUAGAAAGCGAUCUUACCAGUUAUGCCAUCAGUACACAAGCUAUCUUAGAUUCUAUUCCACAAAGAAUUGAAGAAGAAGGCAGCUCACAUGUACAAGAAAUCAAGCAAAUGGUGGAUGAUCUGUAUGCUGGAGGUGCUUCUGGCAUUGUUGAUAAUGCUAGAAAUUUGAGUCAAGUUGUAAUCGAUCAGAUAACAGCAAUUUUCAGCCAUUCUUCAGAUCAACCAGUUUCUCAAAUGCUUUAUAAGAGCCUUCAUAUGGCUGUUACAUAUGACCAGUACAGGUUCUAUUGUGGUAUAGGUUCAGUGUGUGUAUUCAUCAUCAUUAUCUUAUGUAAUUAUCUUGGAGUAUUAUUUGGUGAAUGUGGUCGAGAUAAGAGAGAUCAACCUACAGAGAGGGGAUGUCUGUCAAACCUCGGUGGAACUCUGCUCCUUGCUGGUGUUGCAUUUGGAUUUUUGUUUUCUGCUCUGUUGAUGCUGAUGACAACCAUCUUUUUCUUAGCCGGAGGAGGAACUGAGAAAGGAAUAUGUCAACCUAUUGAAACAAGGGCAUUAUUGAGAGAGCUUAUAGACUAUCCAUAUCUCCUGGACCAAGGAGAAGCAAGUUUUCUUGGAUCCGUCUUACUGAGUGAUGGCAAUCAACCCAUCAGUGCAGAAAAUAUCAUCAAUAAAUGUGAACAGAAUGCUGCUAUCCUAACAACGGUUGAUACGAACAUAACCACCACCAUUGCAGAGCUCUUACUUAACUACAAUAAGUCCUCAUUUGUGUUAGAGUCUAUGGACCUAUCUAAUUUCACCACAUUGGAUAGCAGAGUAGUAUCUUCUCUCACUCGUAUCAGAGAUGCUGGAAACAACAUCAAUAUCACUGGUGUACUACAAGAGAUAAGUCAGAGUAUUACGAAAGUAAACCUGACUGACUAUGCUACCAUUCUGAGGACUACAGCUAACAGAGAAAACAAUGUGACACUGUAUGACAAGUUGCGUGGUCAUGCUUAUAAACUGACCACACUGACCAAUACGUUUGUCAAGCCGAUGCAGUCUAAAGUGAACGUUUUGAAGAGUAAGCUCACAGCAUUGCAUAGCAAGACAAAUUACUUGUCGGCCUUGAUCAAUGGAACUUUAACAGGCAUUAAUGAAGUAGAGUCAUUUGUAAGCACUGAUGGUCCACUUAUUCUUGAUGAGGAAAUCAAACGGUUUAGAGAUCAUUUGGUUGGUUACCUUGAACAGACAGCAGAUCACAUCAUAUAUGAGCUCACAACAGAUUUUGGUCACUGCAGACCUAUAUCAGCAGUCUACUCUUCCCUUGAUGUUGUGCUGUGUGAUUAUACAUCAGAUUCACUGAAUACAUUAUGGUUCACAUUAGGUGGUUGUGUACUGCUUCUUAUACCUAGUAUUGUACUCGCUGUUAAGCUUUCUAAGUACUACAGACGAAUGAAGUUCUUUGAAGAUAUAUAUGGAGAGAAUGACUUGGACACACUACCAAUGAAGGCAUAUGAACCUAAUAGAGAAUUUUCAUCAUAAAGCUGUCUUUCUCCCUCUAUAUCUCUCUAUGGGGAAUGAAGCUGCUGUCAGUGAUACUAAAUCUACACCAGACAGUGUUUCCUGUCAUACACUUGCUGCAUCACUGGGAAUUACCACAUUUAUCAACUUCCUUCUCAAUAUAUAUUUUCUAAGUAACAGUUUCGGUUUCACAGGCAUCGAAAGUUGACACUUCUGGACAAACUUUGCCAUAUUAUGUAGAAAUAAUAAUGAUUCCAGUAUUGAUUCUGAGUUAACUGAAACUCUUGCCAUUUGAAAACUCAACCCUUUUGUCAGUAUUGAGAAUUGUGUAUUAAACUCAUGUUGCCCUUGGACAACUCAUCUCUUUCCAUUCUGAUUCUUAUGCAUGCAUAUCUUUUGGUAUAUAGAAUUGUUUCAAAUAUUCAAACCAUUCCUAGCCAUAUGGAAAACUGAAAUAUUCUGGAUUGUUUCACCUAAAUUAUCAUGUUGACAGCUUGCAACCUUUUCCUUGCCAAUUUAGACAUUUUUGUUUUCAUUUUUGUCUCGCCUUCAUAGCAGAGCGAGGCUAUAGGCGCUGCUUUUCCGACGGCGACGACGUCGUCAACAUUGAAAUCUUAACCAAGGUUAAGUUUUUGAUAUGUUAUAACUUGGAAAGUAUAUGGAUAGUAUAUGGAAAGUAAUAGUGUAUCACUGAACAUCCUGCCCGAGUUUCAGGUCACAUGACCAAGGUCAAAGGUCACUUAGGGUCAACGAACUUUGACCAUUUUGGAGGUAUUUGUGGAAUUGUCAUCAUAAAUUUGAAAAUUUAUGGAUCUAUUUUAUGAAACUUAGACAUGAGAGCAAUUAAGUAUAACAUGAUCAUGGUCAAUGGUCAAUGGUCAUGUUGGGUCAAUGGACGUAUAGUAUUUUAUUAUCAUAUGGGUGUUUUCUUUUGUGAAUGAUUAUUCAAUAGCUGUCUUCAAAGUCAGCACUGCUGCUAUAUCAAAGUGCGUAAUGCAGGUGAGACUGCCAGAGGCAUUCCAAUUGUUUAUAUUCAGAAUUAAUUUUGUAACCAUCCAAUCCUUGCAAUUUAAAAUGUUCUUUUUAUGAUUAUAUUCAAAAUCAUGUGAAACAUAUGUUAUUUGAUAUGCAAAUCAUUCCUUGCCAAUGUGUAACUUAGUGUUUUUUGUCACUAUUCAGAAUUGUUAUAAACAUGUAUCCAAUGUUGUAUAAACCACCCCUUAUUGAUUUAAUUUUAGUUCAAUUUAUUUGUGUUUAGUUAGAAGGGCUUCCCUGUAUCCAUGUUGUCAUCAGUCAACCCAUUCCUUGCCAGUUUUAAUUCUUAUUAUCUGAGGGUAUUCAGGAUUAUUUAAAAUGUGUUUUGUUGUGUAAUCAGUGUUUUUUUCCAUUUCAAAUCUUCUUUUCCUGUAAGUAUUUUGUUGGACAUCAAAUGUUUGAUAUCUCUCAUGUCUUGCCAUAUUUUAUUUUACUGAUCUGUAUUCAUAAGGGUUUCAAAACAUUUGUUAUAUCUUGAUUCAGGAGAAACUGACUUAUAUGAAGUGCAAAACAAUGUAGUUUUACACAAUUGAUUGCACAUUGUGUAUAAAUGUGUGAAAAGGGGGAUUUUUUUUUUAAAUAGUCUGUUUUCCAUAUAUUUUUAGUCAUGACUGAUGUGAGGUCCAGAAAUAAUGUCCAAGUAGGCCUAUAGGUAUUGGACUAAAUUAAAGUGAGUUAUAAACUAUUUUAAGUGUACAGAUUAGUAUGGGAUUUUAUUUGUAUAUGCUCAGUCAAUUCAUGUAGGCUUUAUUUCAUCAUGAAGAAAUGCUUCAAAUAUAUAUAAUCCUGAUGUCCAUUAUUAUCUCUUGCCCUUUAAUCUGUUGGUAUGUUUAAGAAUAUCAAUCUGUAAUAUAUAUGUAUAUAUUUUUGGUAUACAUGUACUUUUCACAAUGCAUGGCCUUAUUUAGCACUAUGUAAAUAAUGCACAAGCUUGCCUUAUGUUUUAAAUGCCAUUUCAUUAUAUAAAACUUUAAUAUUUGAACUGGACUGAAAAUAAUAUUUAAGAAGAAUGCUCAUAUCUUGUUUCAAAGACAAAAACUGUUAAUAGUUUUCAAACAAGAACUGUCAAGAAAUUUAUGGAAAAACUAUCAUUUAUAACUUUAUUUAUGCCUUAAUAUUCAUACUUAUCUGACUACAUUAAUGCAUUUAAAAGAGGAUUAACAUUUUUUAUAUUAUUGAGCACAAGUAAUGUAAGUAUAAAUAUAUAAAUCCAUUUUAUCGUAUAUCAUGUUUGAAGUAUUCUAAUGUUCAAUUUGAAUAAUGGAGAGUCUUUACCUUUCUACCUUUUACCAGAAUGGAGUAUAAUAUUGAUUCAUGAGAUAAUAAUACAUUUACCAACCUUUCAUCAUGUUAAUAGGCUAAAUUACCCAGCAUUCAUAAUACUUUGGUCAACCCCAUUUCUGGAUCCAAAAUCUAAUACACAUGGCAUUCAUAGCUUUCUACAUGUAUGAGAACUGAUUUUAGUGACACUCUCCAUUACAUAGUUUGGGGAAUUAAUUCAGCCGAUUAAAAUUCAGCAUGAAAAAAAAAA